AUGGCGGGCAAGAUGGUGCUCUACAAGCUGGUGGUGCUAGGAGAUGGAGGUGUUGGGAAGACAGCCUUGACUAUACAACUUACUUUGCAACAUUUCGUUGAAACUUAUGAUCCCACAAUCGAAGAUUCUUAUAGAAAGCAAGUAGUGAUAGAUGGACAAUCAUGCAUGCUAGAAGUCCUCGAUACAGCCGGUCAGGAGGAAUACACAGCUUUACGAGACCAAUGGAUCCGUGACGGAGAAGGCUUUGUACUGGUCUACAGCAUUUCCUCACGAUCAUCUUUCACCCGCAUUACGAGAUUCCAUAACCAGAUCCAGCGAGUCAAGGAAUCCUCGGCCUCAUCACCUUCGUUUAUAGGAUCUCCAAUAUCAUCAAACAUGCCUUCAGCGCCAGUUCCAAUAAUGUUGGUUGGAAACAAGAGCGAUAGAGUGACAGAGCGGGAAGUUUCUACACAAGAAGGGCAUGCUCUAGCACGAGAAUUGGGAUGCGAAUUUGUUGAAGCAUCCGCCAAGAACUACAUCAAUGUCGAGAAGGCUUUCUAUGACGUUGUGAGGCAAUUGCGCCGGCAACGCAUGCAGAACAGCCCAAGAUCAAUGCAAGGGACCGGAAGAGGUACACGGAACGGCUCAGGCGAUGGGCUUCAAAGAGACAGCACAAGGACUUACCGCAAUGAUCGUGCGAAAGGAGAUAAGAAGAAGUGUGUCAUAUUAUGA